AUGGCGGUGCGAUGCGAAGUGCAAAUUCUGGUGCUGGCCUCCUUCAUGGUCAAAGCGACCUGUCUUGGGCUGAAGUUCUCCUUCGGGCAGCUCUUUGCAGCACUCAAAUCCCAAACGGGCGAGUCUGCAGGGACCCUGGCGCUCAUAGGUUCCUCCCGCGACUUCGUCUUCCACCUCAGCAACAUCAUCGCGGGCUUCGCAGUCCGGAAGCUGGGUUACCUGCGGAUGAUGUCCGCCGGACUUCUCUCUCUAGUGGCCAGCCUGCUCCUGGACAGCAUAGCUCCCGGGACUCGCUGGCUCUUCAUCUCUUACAGCCUCCUCUCGGGCAUCUCCUUGUCGAUGCUCAUCACCCCUGCCGUCGCCGUACUUUAUGAGCACCUCAAGGGCAAUCAGCUGACGAUCGCGGUGCAUCUUGCCUCCUCAGGUCUAGGCGCGGGAGGCCUUUUCGUGAAUGCUGCGAUGCACUACUCUCAGAUGGAAUUCGGCUGGCGUGCGACCCAGAAGCUCAGCGCCGGGGCCUGCGCUUUCGUGCUGGCCUUCGCACUCUUGGGGCUCUGGUGGGCCACGCGCGGGGGCGCCCGAAGCGCCAGCCGCGUGGCUGGAAGUGGGGCACCUUUGAAGAGGUCGUUGUCCUCGGCUCUCAAGGAGCACGGCCAGGACCUCGUACAUCCAUUCUCCGAGCUCAACUUUGUGCUGCUCUGUGCCGCGUACUUUUUCUUUUUCUGUGGCUUCACUGUGCCCUACACUCAUCUGGUUUUCUAUGCUCGGGAUGUCCAAGGCUACCAGGACGCACCCACGAUGAUGGCCAGAAUGGGAGCAGCGAGUAUGCUGGGAUCAGUUGCCUGCGGUUUCCUCCCCAGCUUCUGCCGCGCUUCGGCGGUGCUCAUGCUCGUUAUUGCCGGCCUCAGUGUGGCCAUCAUCUGUCUUCCUUACUGCCAUGAUGCCAUGGAGCUGGAGGCCUUUGCCCGGCUCUUUGGGACCUUUGCAGGUAUACGUCUCGGGGUGCAGAGCCUUGUUGUGGCCGAGUUUUUUGGCGGGGAGAGGCUGCCUCACCUCUACGGCCUCGCUAACCUUCCCAUGAGUUUGGGCUCCUUGGUGGGGCCAGCGGUCGUGGGAGCCAUCUACGAUGCAACGGGCAGCUAUACCCUAGCUUUCUGGGGUGCCGGGGUGCAGAUGCUGGUGGCCAUCCCAUUGCUGAUCUUGGUAAGAUGCCGAUCUGGUUCUGCCAGGGUGGCGGUUGCUGUCAAGUAG